AUGGAACAAUCAGUCUCGGGCUCCCAUUAUCCGCUGGUUCUCUUCAAAUCAAUUGUUAUUCUGAUGCUGACUGGGCUAGCGAUUUUCUCGAUAAACAAAUCCAUCACUGGCUUCUGUACUUUCCUAGGGAAAAGCCUUAUAUCAUGGUGUGUCAAGAAACAGGUCACAGUGGCUAAAUCAUCCACUAAUGCGGAAUACUGUGCUCUAGCAUCGGCCACCUCCGAUGUCAUUUGGCUCCGCCGCCUACUAACAAAUUUGCAGGUCUCACCAAUGUCGCCAACAUCCAUCCAUUGUGACAACACCUCCGCGCUAGCCUUGGCUCUUAAUCUUGUCUUCCACGCUCGGACCAAGCACAUUGAGAUUGAUAACCAAUUUAUCCCAGGAGCAUGUUGGGCAUUCUCGUCGGUGGCAGCCACAGAGGGCAUCAACCAAAUCAAGAAUGGGAAUCUAAUUUCCCUCUCAGAACAAGAGCUCAUUGAUUGCAAUGUGAAUGGCCAGAGCCAUGGUUGCAACGGGGGCCUCGUGGAUGAUGCUUUUCAAUUCAUCAUCGAUAAUGGAGGCAUCGACACUGAGAUCAACUACCCUUAUAAUGAAGCUGAUGGUUCCUGUAGCUCCAAUAAGGAGUCCAAAAGUGCUGUGAUGAUCUCUGGCUUUGAGGAUGUUCCAAGUAACAGUGAGUCAUCGCUGCUUAAAGCUGUCUCUAUUCAGCCAGUCUCUGUGGCUAUCGAUGGCGGCGACCCCAACUUUAAAAAUUAUGCAGGUGGCAUCUUCACUGGCCCUUGUAACACCGAACUCAACCAUGCAGUAACCGCCAUCGGCUAUGGCAUCGACACAGAUGGAACCAAGUACUGGCUCUUGAAGAACUCAUGGGGUACUAGCUGGGGUGACGAUGGCUACAUUAAGAUACAGAGGGACAUUGAUGCUGUUGAAGGACUCUGUGGACUUGCCACUCAGGCUUCUUACCCGACUAUCAAUUAAUUAUUUUAUCAACAAACAUUCAUACUCUGUUCUGUCAUUUCGAAGGGAGGAGAAAUUAGCCAAUCGAAACACUUGACGUAUGCAUCCAUAUAAGUCCAAUUACAAUCAUGUACUUUUAUAUGAUCACUUAUCUUACUUUUACUGUAUACAUAUUAUGAAGCCUCGUAUGUAUCCAGCUAGUAGUUUGUUCACUCUUAUGUAUCUUGUUUGAUUUAGAAUAUUAAUUAUGUUUGUCGAGCAUUUUUAA